CACCCACGAAGGCUUCCUUUACGUUUGCUCUUCACAUUCGUGCGGUGAUAGACCUCUCCCCCACUCUUCGUUCGUCGCCUCGACACUCUCCACUCCCCACCCAGCGCGUGUUGUUGUUCGCAACAAACCUAGCAAUCUCCGAAUAUUCCUAGGCCCUGCUCGCAAGCUCAGCCCUCGAACCUUAAGAACCUGUUUCGAUCCACCGGACCUACUACAAAUACCUAGAGUCCCCCACCACCAAAGCGUUUGAGCUUUUCGAGUCUACUCCCCCUACACUGCAUUCGACCACCUCAUUGCUAUAGACGCAUACAACCGCGAAAUCUUUCGCCAUGGCCGAGUCGAACUCAGCCGCCGCUCCGGCGCUCAACACUCCCAUCGAGUCCCACCGCUUUGAGGAGAAGGACCGUCCUCUCGACACCGGUGUCGACGCUCCCGUCAAGCCCAAGGUCGAGGAGGAGGAGGACGAAGAUGAGGACAUCGACGCCCUGAUCGAGGACCUCGAGUCCCAGGACGGUCACAUCGAGGAGGACGAGGAAGAGGAAACCGCCGUUGGUGGUGCCCGCGUCAUUCCUGAGGACCAGUUGGCUACCGACACCCGUCUUGGUCUCACCGAGGCUGAGGUCCUCAACCGUCGCCGCAAGUACGGUGCCAACCAGAUGAAGGAGGAGAAGGAGAACCUCAUCCUCAAGUUUUUCGUCAUGGAAAGCCGCUGCCCGUCCUCCGCUGCUGGUCUCGAGGAUUGGGUUGAUUUCGGUGUCAUUAUCGCUCUUCUCCUGCUUAACGCCGUCGUUGGUUUCUACCAAGAAUUCCAGGCCGGCAGCAUUGUCGACGAACUCAAGAAGACUCUUGCCCUGAAGGCUGUCGUCCUCCGUGACGGUCAGCUCAAGGAGGUUGAGGCCCACGAGGUUGUCCCUGGUGACAUCCUCCAGGUUGAGGAUGGUACCAUCAUUCCCGCCGACGGUCGCAUUGUCACGGACGAUGCCUUCCUUCAGGUUGACCAGUCUGCCAUCACUGGCGAGUCCCUCGCUGUCGACAAGCACAAGGGCGACAACUGCUACGCUUCCUCUGCUGUCAAGCGUGGUGAGGCUUUCAUUGUCAUCACUGCCACCGGUGACUCCACCUUCGUCGGUCGCGCCGCUGCCCUUGUCAACGCUGCCUCCGCCGGUACUGGUCACUUCACUGAGGUCCUCAACGGCAUUGGUACUGUUCUCUUGAUCCUCGUCGUUGCCACCCUUCUCAUCGUCUGGGUUUCUGGCUUCUACCGCUCCAACGACAUUGUUGAGAUCCUUCGCUUCACCCUCGCUAUUCUCAUCGUCGGUGUCCCCGUCGGUCUUCCCGCUGUCGUUACCACCACCAUGGCUGUCGGUGCCGCCUACCUCGCCAAGAAGAAGGCCAUCGUCCAGAAGCUGUCCGCCAUUGAGUCCCUGGCUGGUGUCGAGAUUCUCUGCUCUGACAAGACCGGUACCCUGACCAAGAACAAGCUCUCUCUCGCUGAGCCCUACACCGUUGCUGGCGUCGAGCCCGAUGACCUCAUGCUCACUGCCUGCUUGGCCGCUUCCCGCAAGAAGAAGGGUAUUGAUGCCAUUGACAAGGCUUUCCUCAAGUCCCUCCGCUACUACCCCCGCGCCAAGUCUGUUCUCUCUAAGUACUCCGUCCUCGAGUUCUUCCCCUUCGACCCCGUCUCCAAGAAGGUCACCGCCGUUGUCCAGUCUCCCCAGGGUGAGCGCAUCACCUGCGUGAAGGGCGCCCCUCUCUUCGUUCUCAAGACUGUUGAGGAGGACCACCCUCUUGACCCCGAGAUCGAUAUGGCCUACAAGAACAAGGUUGCUGAGUUCGCUACCCGUGGUUUCCGUUCGCUCGGUGUCGCCCGCAAGCGUGGUGAGGGCAACUGGGAGAUUCUCGGCAUCAUGCCCUGCUCUGACCCCCCUCGUCACGACACUGCCCGCACCGUCAACGAGGCCAAGAACCUUGGUCUUUCCGUCAAGAUGCUUACUGGUGACGCCGUCGGCAUUGCCCGUGAGACUUCCCGCCAGCUCGGUCUCGGUACCAACAUCUUCAACGCUGACCGUCUCGGUCUCGGUGGCGGUGGUGACAUGCCCGGCUCUGAGGUCUACGAUUUCGUUGAGGCUGCCGAUGGUUUCGCCGAGGUCUUCCCCCAGCACAAGUACAACGUCGUCGAGAUUCUCCAGCAGCGUGGCUACCUCGUUGCCAUGACUGGUGACGGUGUCAAUGAUGCUCCCUCCCUGAAGAAGGCCGAUACUGGUAUUGGUAUGUUUGAUGUUCCUCGCUCUUCCACAGUCUCGAUCCUGCCGCUAACGCGGUCCCAGCUGUCGAAGCUGUACCUCGGUCUCUGGAUUGCCAUCCUCAACCGUUCGCUGAACAUUGAGCUCGUUGUCUUCAUCGCCAUUUUCGCUGAUAUCGCCACCCUGGCCAUCGCCUACGACAACGCUCCUUACAGCAAGGCCCCCGUCAAGUGGAACCUGCCCAAGCUUUGGGGAAUCUCUGUCAUCCUCGGCAUUGUCCUCGCCAUCGGCACCUGGAUCACCGUUACCACCAUGUACGCCCACGGCCCCAACGGUGGUAUCGUCCAGAACUUCGGUAACCUGGACGAGGUUGUCUUCCUCCAGGUCUCUCUGACUGAGAACUGGCUGAUCUUCAUCACUCGUGCCAACGGUCCCUUCUGGUCUUCCAUCCCCUCGUGGCAGCUGUCCGGUGCUAUCUUCAUCGUCGACAUCCUCGCCACCCUCUUCUGUAUCUUUGGUUGGUUCGAGCACGGCCAGACCAGCAUUGUCGCCGUUGUCCGUAUCUGGAUCUUCUCCUUCGGUGUCUUCUGCGUCUGCGCCGGUGUCUACUACAUCCUCCAGGACAACGCCGGCUUCGACAACAUGAUGCACGGCAAGUCCCCCAAGGGCUCCCAGAAGCAGCGCUCGCUCGAGGACUUUGUUGUCUCUCUGCAGCGCGUCUCCACCCAGCACGAGAAGUCGCAGUAA